CUCUGCAUAUAUUAUAGUUCCACAAAUAUGUCCGGGUUUACCGCCGUUUUCCUCCACCUCCUCCUCCUCAGCUGCCUGUCGUCUCGUGCAACCCGCCCUGCCCCACUAGCCUGGAAGAAUACUUCGCCGGAAAACCAGCGUCUGGGCGAUGAAACUGGGCGACCUGAUCAGGCCGUGGAUCAUGAGGACUGCGAAGCAGGUGGAGAUGAAGAGUGUUUGAUGAGGAGGACUCUUGCUGCUGCUCACACUGACUACAUCUACUCCCACCCAGGCCCGCCCUGAGAUUUUUGGGGUCCUAAUGCUACACGAAGAUGAAGAGUGUUUGAUGAGAUAAAAUAAGGCUAGCUUAGGAUAAGACUCAGCUCCACACUGAGCAUCGCCUUUUCUAUAUCCUAUAAAAGUGGCCCAUACAAUUUCUGCA